GAGUUCAAUGGAGGUUUUGGAAAGUUUAUUUUGUCACAGCUUUUAAAAGUCUAAAAACAAAACAGUGUGAGUUCAAUCUUUAAACCCUAAAGUGGCUACAUAUUUUGCGUGACGAAAUAGCGACGUAGUAAGGUGCAGAGCAGACUCAGUCACAGCAAUGGCGGCCACAAUGGCAGCUCCACCAUCUUGCAAUCUUAAAGGUACAAGUAGUAAUGUCUUCUAUUCCGUCAAAACCCUUGCAAAACCCCUGGGAAAUUCUAAAGCAUUGUUCGGCUCCAUCGUUACGAUACCGCGACGUCAUGCGGGAAACAUGUUAAAAGGUAGCCUUAAGCAAUGCCUCGCAGCGGCGACUGAAACCGUAUCAUCAUCAUCUAGUCUUAAGCACUGCUUCACGAAAAGGAGGGACGGCUUUAUGUACUGCGAGGACGUGAGAUUGCAGGACGUGCUCGAUAGGAUGGAGCGCAGGCCCUUCUAUCUUUACAGUAAACCUCAGAUCUCUAGAAAUUACGAGGCUUAUGAGAUUGCUUUGCAGGGCUUGGAUUCCAUCAUUGGCUAUGCAAUUAAAGCUAAUAAUAACUUGAAGAUCUUACAGCACUUGAGGAAGCUUGGCUCUGGAGCAGUUGUUGUCAGCGGAAAUGAGCUAAGAUUGGCCCUUCAUGCAGGCUUUGACCCUUCUAGGUGUGUAUUCAAUGGAAAUGGGAAGCUUUUGGAGGACAUUGUUUAUGCUGUACAGGAAGGAGCCUUAGUGAAUGUAGACAGUGAAUUUGAUCUGGAGAAUAUCGUAGAGGCAGCAAGGAUUGCUGGGAAGAAGGCCCAAGUACUGCUUCGCAUUAAUCCAGAUGUGGACCCUCAGGUUCAUCCCUAUGUUGCGACUGGAAACAAAAACUCAAAGUUUGGCAUCAGGAAUGAAAAACUACAAUGGUUUUUGGAUGCUUUGAAGGCACACUCAAACGAGCUGAAUUUGGUUGGUGCACAUUGCCAUCUUGGAUCAACAAUAACAAAGGUGGACAUAUUUAGGGAUGCUGCAAUUCUAAUGAUUCAAUUUAUUGAUGAAAUACGAAGUCAAGGUUUUGAGAUUAAGUACCUAAAUAUUGGAGGAGGUUUGGGUAUUGAUUAUUAUCAUACUGGUGCAGUGCUUCCUACCCCUAUGGAUCUUAUUGAUACUGUAAGAGAGUUAGUGGUAUCUGGAAAUCUUACUCUCAUCAUUGAGCCUGGAAGAUCUCUUGUUGCAAACUCCUGUGCUCUUGUCAAUCGAGUAAUUGGAGUCAAAACAAAUGGUAACAAAAAUUUCAUUGUGGUUGAUGGUAGCAUGGCAGAGCUUAUUCGUCCCAGCCUUUAUGGAGCUUACCAACAUAUCGAGCUAAUUUCUCCACCUUCACAAAAUGCCGAAAUUUCAACUUUUGAUAUUGUUGGACCUGUUUGCGAAUCUGCAGACUUUUUAGGCAAGGACAGAGAACUGCCAACACCAUCCAAGGGAGCAGGACUGGUGGUCCAUGAUGCAGGUGCUUAUUGCAUGAGCAUGGCAUCGACUUACAACUUAAAAAUGCGUCCAGCUGAAUAUUGGGUUGAAGAUGAUGGAUCAGUAAAAAAGAUACGAAAUGCUGAAACAAUUGAUGAUCAUCUGCGUUACUUUGAAGGGCUAUGAAUACAAAACUUCUUCAAUGUUCUUUUUGUUCCAAAGAAUCUGUAGUCUUAAUGAAGCAGAUCAGGAAAUUUGUACUCUUCAUUAAGUGGAUCAGGUCAUGGUUUUCAUUGAUUUUCUAAAUCCUUUCCUUUUUUUAUUGAAGGAUUUAAAUAUAAUGUUGGGUGCUGGUUCAUUGGUGGGUCUCAUAGUUCUUUCCUUCUAACUAAGGACCUUACGAAUGUAAAUGGGAAAUUGUUCUCCAAGUUCAUCUGGCAUGUUGUAUUUUCAGAAAUCUGCAACAAUUUUCCACGGCUAAGAUUUAGCACAUUUUACCUAA